UACAAAAGAAAAAAUGUAUGAAGAACAGCAGUUAAACACAUGGGAAGGCUUUGUGGAUUGGAGAAACAGACCUGUCUUAAAAGGCCAUCAUGGAGGCAUGGUUGCUGCCUCCUUUGUCUUAGUUGUGGAGAUAUUGGAGAACCUAGCAUUCUUGGCAAAUGCAAGCAACCUUGUGCUGUACCUGUCAAGAUUCAUGCACUUUUCUCCUUCUGAUGCUGCCACCAUGGUGACCAAUUUCAUGGGCACCGCCUUCCUCCUCGCUCUCCUCGGCGGCAUUCUGGCAGACGCUUUCUUCACCACUUACAUCAUCUAUUUGAUAAGUGCAGCAAUUGAGUUCAUGGGACUUCUGAUACUCACAAUCCAAGCUCAAAUACAAUCUUUGAAGCCACCAAAGUGCCAUUCAAUUGGUACUUGCCAGGAAGUUGGUGGAUGGAAAGAAGUGAUGUUGUUUGCAGGCCUGUAUUUGGUGGCGCUUGGAGUUGGUGGAAUCAAAGGCUCACUUCCCCCGCACGGUGCUCAACAAUUCGACGAAACGACUCCGCAAGGAAGGAAGCAGAGAUCAUCAUUCUUCAACUAUUAUGUCUUCUGCCUCUCCUGUGGGGCUCUAAUUGCAGUCACUUUCGUCGUUUGGAUCGAAGACAACAAAGGUUGGCAAUGGGGUUUCGGGGUCUCUACUGCAACAAUACUGAUGUCGAUUCCAGUCUUCCUCAUUGGCUCUCCCUUUUACAGGACAAAACUUCCCACAGGAAGCCCCAUCACAACCAUGUUGAAGGUUUUGGCUGCAGCCAUAUGCAAUUCCUUCAAAUCCAGAAAUUCAAACAAUGCCAUCAUGGGCAUGAGCACAAGCUCGUCUUACGCAACCGAAACAAGCGAGGGAGAAGACCAGAAUCCCAAUAAAAACACACCAGCUCAAACCCCAACACAAAGUCUCAGUUUCCUCAAUUGGGCACUAUAUGACAAGCCUGCUCAUCCAAAGCUGCAAUGCACUGUAAAGCAAGUGGAAGAGGUCAAGAUAGUAGUAAAAAUCCUACCUAUAUUUAUGUCCACCAUAAUGCUAAACUGCUGCCUAGCCCAGCUCUCAACAUUUUCAGUCCAACAAGCAGCCACCAUGAACACCAAGCUAGGAACCUUAAAAAUCCCCCCCGCUUCUCUCCCCGUCUUCCCCGUCCUCUUCAUCAUGAUCCUGGCCCCACUAUACAACCAUAUCAUCAUUCCAUUCGCGAGAAAGAUCGCUAAAACUGAGAUGGGAAUCACUCAUCUGCGGAGGAUUGGGACAGGGCUUGUGCUGUCCAUUGUGGCCAUGGCAGUGGCUGCUCUAGUCGAAACCAAGCGCAAGAACGUCGCAUCGCAACAUCGACUAAUGGACUCACCCCACGAGCCUUUGCCGAUCACAUUCCUUUGGCUGGCAUUGCAGUACUUAUUCUUGGGCUCAGCCGAUCUCUUCACAUUGGCCGGGAUGAUGGAAUUCUUCUUCACAGAAGCUCCUUUGAGCAUGCGAUCUUUGGCCAUGGCUCUCUCAUGGGCAUCACUGGCAAUGGGGUACUAUCUUAGCUCGGUUCUCGUGUCGAUUGUCAAUGGUGUCACAAGUGCAUAUAGGCACACUCCUUGGCUCUCUGGUGCCAACUUGAAUCACUAUCACCUUGAGAGGUUUUACUGGUUGAUGUGUAUUCUCAGUGGACUCAACUUCUUGCACUAUCUCUUUUGGGCUGCUCGUUACAAAUAUAGAUCAUCAACAAGGUUGGAAAAUUAGAAGAGAGCUUACAAAGUUUGCCUUGUUAAUGAUACUUAAUUAUUCCAUUAGGCUGCUAUUUAAU